AUGAGCGAACCAAAGCCAUUUUCCGUUGGGAAGGACAAUAAGGAGGCGACAACGAAGGCACUAUACCCGGAAGGCUCUGCCUUUUCAAAUCUAGGCGAUGAUGGAUUACCAACCGGACCAUCGUUAAAAUCCGCCUCGCCAGUGCAGAACGUAAUUUGCCUCAGUGAUGACGAGACUAAAACGCUGACCACGUUGGAACCGGCGAAGAAACUUUCCAAGGAGCCAGCGAAAAAGAUUACUAGUUCAGUGGUUCCCGCUAAGAAACCUGCAAAGGCUUUUCAAGCUGUAAAACAUUCCGCCCCUUCCGCACGAGAUCAAGAGGAUGCAAGCAAACCACAGCAAGUUUCCCCUGGACAGUUGCCUUCGAAGGAAAAUUUAAUUCAAAAGAUGCGUAGCAAUUUGAACAAACAAAUCGAUGUUAAAUCGGUAACCAGCUCUACAACCAGUACGCCGUUAGAUGUGAGCGGGGCUAUAGAAAUCCCCCAGGAUCUCAUAUUGAGCAAUGAUUUACCCCCGACACCGUUGGCACCGACCGAACCGAAGGCGAGCGAGCUAGAGGAUCACGAUCUGAUUGCCAUACUUGAGGGCAACGUGGUCGCAAUACGCGAAAAUGCGUCCGAGAUAGAGGUGUGCGUCGGGGCCAAAGAAGCGAAGGACGUCGAUGAGGAGAUGGAAUCCUUUUCGAUAUCCAUAAUUGAUCCGACUGAGGUGCAGCAGGCGAAGAUAGAGCGCGAGAAAGAGAUCGCCAGACGGCAAAUCGAAAGUUUGCCGUUGAUACCGAAGGUGAGAAAACCUCGCACGAAGCCAAGCGCUAAACCCACCGCGGAUCAAGCAAAUGCCCAAAUACCCCCCCGUAAGAUGGAAUUUGUGACUCCACCGCCAGCUCCAAAGCUGAUAAAUAUCGAGGCUGGCGUCACGAUAAAGGGACAGACGACGAUACGACCUAUCGUGAAAGCGGUAGCGGUAGAUCCUCUGGAAAUAAAGAGCGAAAAGGAAUCGCAACAGUCGAACAUAAAAGAAACGGUUGUCAAACAGUUUGGCGAUAGAUUAAAACCUGAAGGGAUCAGGAUAAAACACACACCGAUCAAGCCGACCGUUAUUCCCCAGAGGAAAAAUAAACUGAUAGAUUCACUCGUGUCCGAUUGGGACGAUGAACCGAUGUUACCGCAGGAUAAGCCCCAGAACGUCCUCUCCUUAUCAACGGCAAAACCACCUAGUGUGGUAGUGCAGGAAGCUCCUAAAACAACUGCCCGCCAGCCGUUUGCCGUGCCACCACCUGCUCCGGAACCCAAACGGAUCAUUAAGCGAAAGAUCAUAUGGGAUCCUUCCGAUGCCAGUGCACCCGCCACUGGUUUGGCCAAAUCGAACCGUGGCCAGGCAACGAACGACAGUACAACGCCCACCGAGAAAGUGGUGUUUAAAAUGCGCCAAAAGCGCGCUGAUUCCGUGACCGUUCACAUGAUUCGUACGGAGGAAUUUAAGCCAGUGGCGCCGGUACGAAAGAGGGCACAGACACCAGAACCAGUGCAGCUUGUUGAGCGGAAGCAGUUCCAGUCGACCAAAAGCACCGAAGACGCUCCGGCAGAUUCGAGGGCAAAGAAACGGAAAAAGAACGAAAUCGAGCGCUUGCUGGGCGACGAGGGCGCUAUUAACAUGCUGUAUGACGUGGAGUGUGAAUCGAACCGCAAGGACCUGCUCAAAGACACCGUGGUAGAUGGAAGCGACGAGGACGAAAAGUUGAUUGCAAAAACCAAAAUUAUCACCAACGCCGUCAUAAAUCAGGGCAAAUCGCCAAACCGCGAAGUGUCUUCCACGCAGGGCUUACGUGUGCGAGCGAAGCGUGCCCUGACGCCCCAGAAACAAACUGCUCCCAAGAGCAGUCCGGAAGUGGUCACCAAAUCGACGGUUUCUCCAUCAAGCGCCCCCACUACUCAGGCGGCGAAGAAAACGUUAAACGGGUCAGGAGGCAAUGCGGCCGGUCAACCGCUAACGGGUGCUCGCAAACGCAAACUGGCCACGUACGCCUCGAGAGACUGGGAUUACGUGUACAACGCACAGCGCAACGACGAUGCCAUGAUCAUCCGCCGGCGUUCGAACAGCUCAUAUUCUAGCAGUGCAAGUCCACGGCGGUUAAGCUUCGACCAAACAAAUGAACAAACAGCUGGGUCAUCGUCGUCGCUAGCAAAAUCGACCUCCUCGCAGGACGCAACCAAGAAGGACGGGGACUUCUUGUUCGCAAAGCCGACCGAUAAAGGUGGCAACCAAGAGACGGGUGUGAACAAAUCGCUCGGAACAUCGUCGCUGGAACAAAUCAAGGUGGAUACGUCGCUGGUGGCCACCAUGAGAGGCAAACUCACCAAGGUGUUGAAGGCAAUUCCGUUGGCAACGAGCACACCAACGCCGAGUACGGGUACGACUGCUGCCAAAGGUACGAUGGUCAAGCGCAAAUCACCAAAGCCAGCUGUGGAGAAACCCGCAGAGAUUGCAGUAGUGGAACCGAAACGGGAGAACGCGUGUUUCGAUGAUGCAAUGCAAAGGAAGCUAGAUGAGCUGAAACAAAUGACAUGCGAAAGCUACGGGGAGUACGUGGAAAUUGUGCUAAAGUCAAAAGGCGUUGCCAGUGCCAACGGAACAAAGGGAGCCUUGGUGGAUGUGUUUUCGUAUGAGCUUAUGAACGAACUGGGAAGUACAUUAACACUACUGCAAAAUCAUGCGGCAACACGUGUGGUCAUGUUGCGUUCUGCUGGAGCACAUUUCAGUCGUGGGUUGGAUGUGGCGCACCUAAUACAGCCAAUGGACAAGCGUAAAGCCAUCGCCGAGGACAUGAGCGAUUGCCUGAGGAAAUUUUUGAUGACACUCGCCGCCUUUCCCAAGCCAAUCGUUGCUAUUGUGCACGGCAAUGUCCUCGGAAUGGGUGUGAUGAUACUGCCCCUGUUCGACGUAGUGCUAGCGCAGGUCGGCAGCAGCUUCAUGGCACCGUACGGUUAUUUCGGAUACCUGCCCGAAGGUUUGAACGCGUUCACCGGUGGUCGAAUGGUUAAAUCAAAAGCGGUGACGGAUCUUCUGCUGCUAGGCAGGCGAAUUACAGUUGGCACCGCACUGGAUUACGGUCUUGUCACGGAAACGGUCCCACCGGAGAAGAUUCGCGACAGAGCACUUUUGCUUGUGAAGAACGUGUCCUGCCAGUCCGUCCAGGCAAUGCAUUCGAUCAAGCAGCAUCUGCGGCGGGACAUGUUGGCCAACAUGGAGCAGGUAUUACCGUCGGAACAGAAGCGGCAGGCUCAGCAAUGGUCAACAACCGAAUGUCAGCUAAAGUUUAAGCUGUUCGUCAGUAAAGGGGGCGAACUGUAAUUGUUGACUCGCCCGCGCUUACAACACCGCCCGUUGUAUCGUACGCGCAGGUUGACAGAUUAGUUUAGCUAUCCGAAGGCUAACAGAGGUGUAUUCUUAUCGAGC